AAUCUCUACCAAGACAAGUUUGACUUUCUGUUUUAUCUGAGCUGUAGAGAAAUCAACACCAUCCCUGGAAACAUAAGUCUUGUGGGACUUUUAUCCAGAGCCUGCGGACUAGAGAGUUCAGAUGACCUGGCUUCUCUUCUAGAGGAUCCUGAAAGUCAAAGAAAACUUCUCUUUCUAGUUGAUGGGUUUGAUGAGCUGAGAUGGACUCUGGAGGAGAAAUCUGAGGUUUGUCAUGACGUUUUAAAAGAAAACCACAAGGAAAUAAUUCUCCAAAGAUUGCUCAGGAGACAGGUUCUCCCACAUUCUUCUCUGAUCAUCACCACAAGGUCACUGGCCAUGAAGAAACUUAACACAUUCAUUGAUGAUCCUCACAAUGUGGAAAUCCAGGGAUUUACAAGGAAUGAUCGAGAGGAAUAUGUCCGUCAAUUCUUUGGAAAUAAGGAAGAUGCAGACAAGGUUCUCGGUAUAAUAAAAGACAAUGAAGUUCUGUACACCAUGUGUGCCGUCCCCAUCACAUGCUGGAUUGUCUGCACUGUAAUGAAACAAGAAAUAGAAAAAGAUUUGGGUUUAAUUCAGUGUAAAACGACGACUUCAAUUUACCUUCUCUACCUGGAGGUUCUAAUAACCCAUCACAGCAAGGAGCAGUCUGUACGCAGGAAACAAACCUGUCUGAAGAAGCUGUGUGCUCUGGCCAAUCAGGGAGUUCUGCAGCAACAAAUCUUAUUUGAGAAGAAAGAUCUAGAAAGACAUGGACUUUCUCUGUCUGAGGUGGAGUCUGUAUUUCUGAAUGAGAACAUCUUUCAUUGGGACGUCCGCACCCAGACCUGCUACAGCUUCAUCCACCUGAGUGUACAGGAGUUCCUUGCUGCUCUGUAUUAUGGGCUGGAUGAUGGGUCUAUGGAAGGUACUUUCCUCCCGGAGAUCUGUGAAGGGGAAUCACUCCGUGGCCUCAUUUCCGAUGACUCACAUUUAUCAUUAGCUGUACAAUUCCUGUUUGGUCUCCUAAAUGAAGAUCAGGUGAAGACAUUCUCAGAGAUCACAGGAAUCAACAUCUCACUCCGAGCCAGACCUGCCGUGAUGGAAUGGGCCAAGAAGGACAUUGAUCGGAAUCUCUAUACUCAGACCAUCUUCUGUCUGUAUGAGACUCAGGAUGAGGACUUCAUUAGGAGCGUCAUGUCUGGUUGUUCACGUCUGAAGCUGGGGGGCUCAUCUACUGAUCGCUUCUUGAUGAAAAGUAAUUAUUCCAAGCAGCUGAGCUAUUGCUUGAAGGCUUUGAAGAGAGAAACUUUUCAGUCUUUAUCUUUUGCGUGGCUCCCUGUGGAUCCAGAGUGCCAGAAAAUGCUGUCUCCAUUCCUACACAGGUGUCAGGAGGUCUGGUUUCUCUUAUGUAAUAUUUCC